AUGGCCAUCUCAAACAGCCUUCCAAGCUUCCUCUUUCCCAUCUCCUUCUGCCUCGCAUCCUUUAUGAUAUCAGCUUCAGCUGGUGUAGCAAAUCACAUAACCGGAAUAGACCGAGCGGUGCUCUCAGCCUCCAGCGUCCCUUCCUCCAUUCCUGUCUUGGAGCCGCUUUGGGGCUGUGAAUCUCCGGCUCUUCCUCCGGGAUCCUUCCACGUAGUCGUCUCCACAUACAACGCUGAUCCAGAGCAAGUCCUGCCUUGGCUCUGGCACUUGGGCCUCACCAACGCCGCCGUGUUCUUGUAUUACCGCAUCGACGACCCGUAUAUCCAAAGGCAGUACCACGGUACCGUAAAGCUGCCGUGCAGCAUGUCUCUCAACGUUAUACCGCUGCUACCCAAUAAAGGCCGCGAGGCAGCUGUCUUCCUCCACCAUAUCGUCACACACUACGACAACUUACCGCUGCUUCAAACCAAUGCCAAGCUCAACACCCACGCCAAUGCCAACCUCUUUACCCCCAAACACCCCAAGCAGCCCGAGCUAAUGCCUACAACGCCCUGCUACUGGCACACGACCAUGGCCCCGCCUCCCGCCACUCCCUGUGUGGUCCCUUCUAUCGGAGAGCAAGGGGCUUCUACCGGGGCUUGGACGGUAUCGUCGGCGGUUCCGAUAUCCUUCGUUUCUUGUAUCUACGAUUCCCCACCCACCGACCAGCUCACCCACCCACCCCAUCGCCAAGACUCCUUCAGUAGUCGCGACUGGCUGACCUCCAUGGUCGUCACGCUGAGCAGUGGCUGUGUAGAGAGCUGGGCCCGGGGCUGCUGCUCGGAGUUUAUUUGCUCGUCCUACCGCCCCGCCUGCCCCUUUAUAACCGACAACUGCACGUACACGGAGAAAAGCAGGCGCGCCAAAGACGUACACCGCCACAUCUUCAUGCACCAGUUCGGCAUGUACGACGCACGGCACGAGAACCAGGUGGUGGGCCCUGACAGCGAGACGCGGCGGCCGGUGGCGCUGCUGCGCUAUGUUGGAGCGGCGCACAGAUCCACUGAGAUGUGGAACAUCAGUCACGAGUACCCCCCGGACGAGAAAAGACACUCCAAGGAGCACACGUUGCAGCCUUUGCACCAUUUGCAUGUGCGGCUUGGCCCACCCUGGCUGCUCCAAGACCUCCUGGAGCGCUACAACUUUACUGCACGGAAGAAAUCUCACUUCAAGAGCUGCUGUGCUUCGCUGGUGCUGCGGAAACAGGCCGUACGGCGAUGGCCCGUGGAGUUGUACAAGUACGGCAGGGGCGGGGUGGUGGUGUUGGUAUUGGUGGCCGUGCUUACUUUCCCAUUCUCCCGCCUCAGCUCCCUCGCUUUACCCACGCGGCCUCCCCCCCCCGCUGCCACAUGCGCACAUACAUACGUACAUACGCACCCUCAGGCGGUUUCGGGACCCGGAUGGGCCCUAUGGCUGGACAGGGACUACAACACCUAUGACACCUUGGCGUACAUACGGGUGGAUUUUCAUCUGAAGCACAUCCAGGGCUGUCCCGCCCAGUUCACUCCGCAGUUUCAGGAGCUGGUGCGGGUCAUGAGGGGACACGCGGAGGGGGGCCCGGAGCAGGGAUAG